CUGUUUGAAAUCAUUAAUCCUGUUUCUAAAGCUUUACAGCAUGAAAAUAAUGACUUACAGAAAGCUAGUAUUUUAUUAAGUAAUCUUUUGAAUAGACUGAGCGAAAUAAGAAAUCAAAAUUCAUUCAAUGGUUUGCUAAAUGAGUCCAGAGAUUUAGCAAAAGGGUGGCGGGUAACAACUGUUUUUAAAAAUAAAAGGCGAAAGAUAACGAAGCGUUUUUUUGAUGAGUUAUCACAGGAUGAAAGAAUUUCAGACCCGGAAUCAUAUUUCAAAAUCAAUGUAUACUAUUGCUGUUUAGAUAUAUUAAUUUCUCAAAUUAAACAAAGAUUUCAGAGCCUUUGUGACCUGAGUAAUAUGUUCGAAGUAUUACAACCGGAGAAACUCCUAUCUUCUUCAAACGAAGUGAUAAAAAAUGCUUCCGGAAAACUGUCGGCUAAAUACAGUGAAGACAUCUCAGUUAAUCUUUAUGAACAAUUAAUUGCUCUGAAAACAUGCUUAAAAUCUGAAAUUCAAAAAAUUCAUUCCAUGAAGGAACUCAUCGAAUUAUUGCUGAUAAAAUUCAAUAGCCUAACAUCCAGUUUUCCAGAGGAACGUGUAUCAGACUUGUCAGUAUUGUCUAUAGAGGCAAAAAUUUUAGAAAAACUGAAAUCGUCUGCAGCGGUAGAUGAUUUAAUAAAUCAAUUUGCCGAAAAAAAGGCAAGAAAAGUGUACAUUUAA